GGGCGGGGGGAGCAGGCAAGUGGAGAAAAGCAGGCCCGGCCCUGGCUGUGACGGCGCGUCGAUGCGGGGCUAGGAGUGCAGCCGCCCCUCGGCUUGCCCUGCCUGGGCGCGGAGCCGCGCUUUCUUCUCAACCCGGAGCCGUUGGCCUCAGCGUCUGCGAUGAACCCGGUGAAUGCUACGGCCUUGUACAUCUCCGCCAGUCGCCUGGUGCUCAGCUACGGCCCCGGGGAAGAUCCGCAGUGCCUGGCCGAGAUCGGCAAGCUGCUGCCCUACUUCCGGCAGUCGCUCUCCUGCUGCGUGUGCGGAAAUCUGCUACAAGAUCCAAUUGCACCUACCAACUCUACAUGUCAACAUUAUGUCUGCAAAACCUGUAAAGGCAAAAAGAUGAUGAUGAAACCAUCAUGUAGUUGGUGCAAAGACUAUGAGCAAUUUGAAGAAAAUAAACAGUUAAGCAUUCUGGUGAACUGUUAUAAAAAACUAUGUGAGUACAUAACACAAACACCACUAGGACGAGAUAUUAAGCAAGCUGUUGACAGUUCCCCAGAUCUUUUGACUUUGCUUAAAGAUGGCACCCCACUCAGUGUUGACACAGAAAAAGCAUCUGAUGAAGCCUUGGCAUUGUGUUUGAUCCAUUCCCCAUCACCUUCAACUUCAGAGUAUGCUAAUGAGCCUCCAACAAGUUGUUCCAUACCUGAAAGCACAUAUGACUGUGAUAUAAAAGGCUCCACUGUUAAUGGUCUGCCCAGUUGUAAUGGGCUCUCAGUAGAUAAACUUGGAGUAAAUAUUCCAUCCCCUGAACAUGCAAAUACAGUCAGUGUAUGUAAUCCUGGACAGUACAUAAAAACUGAAGAUAUUUCUAGCAGUCUUCAGCCUAUGUGUGACAUAGUUUCCCCUGGUGACUUGUGUGCAACCGGCAUUGAUAUUCACAGUUUCAAUGAAGAUAUCAAACCUGGUGAUCCUCUUUUACUUAGUGUUGAGGAAGUGUUACGGAGUUUGGACUCUAAUGCAGGAGUAUGUAGCCCUAAUCUGCAGCACAGCCUGGAAACCAAUUUAACAAAUGGCCCGUUUUUGCAGCUUUCUCCCCAACCGACUAGCCACAAUGUGUAUAUAUCAGUGGAUGCUUCACCUCAUGGGAUUUCAUGUACAGCUGCAACACCUAAGGUAGCAAAAUUAAACAGAAAGCGAUCACGAUCAGAAAGUGACAGUGAAAAGCUUCAGCAUAUUCCAAUUUCUAGCAUUCUUUGUGGCCCAACAUUGGGAGCCUCAGCUCCAGUAAUGAUGAAACAGGAAUCAAAGAUGUCUUUGCAGUCAAUAGCAACUGUACCUAAUGGAGGUACUGCUCCUAAAAUAGGUAAAACUGUACUAUUAUCAAAUAAAAGCAUGAAAAAAAAUCUAGACCAUACCACCAAGAAAUCUCAUCCAAAAUCUAAAUCAGGAAUGCUAAAAAAGUCAAAAGAGAAAAAUCCUAGCAGUCAUGUUAUGCCAGGAAGUCCAACAAAAACUGUGUACAAAAAGGCACAAGAGAAGAAGGGGUGCAAAUGUGGCCGAGCUACACAAAAUCCAAGUGUUCUUACAUGUCGUGGUCAGCGCUGCCCUUGCUACUCAAAUCGCAAAGCUUGUUUAGACUGCAUAUGCCGCGGCUGCCAAAAUUCAUAUAUGGCUAAUGGGGAAAAGAAACUGGAGGCAUUUGCAGUGCCAGAAAAGGCCUUGGAGCAGACUAGGCUUACUUUGGGCAUUAAUGUGACCAGCAUUGCUGUGCGCAAUGCCAGCACAAGUACCAGUGUAAUUAAUAUGACAGGGUCACCAGUAACGACAUUUUUAGCUGCCAGUACAAAUGAUGAUAAGAACUUGGAUGAAGCUAUGGACAUGAGAUAUGACUGCUGAGUCAUUCUUUCUUUCUCCCCUCCUUUGGUAAGGGGACUGCUACAAUUUUGAAGGCAGCUAUGGUUCUGUUUAACUUGCCGGAGCUCCUGCAUAUAGAUCACUUGUAUCAAGUGUUUUCAUUGCUAUGUUGUGUGUUAGUGUCAGGGAAAUAGUUUGCUGGUAAUUGCGGAAUUAUCCCAAAACUCUCUUUAGUUCUUACAACACCUCAUAGUUUGAGAUCAAAUGCUAAUGUAAAUGAUUUUUUAAUACACAACUACUUUUUUGGCAUAUACUGACCUUGUUGUACCAAUUCAUGCUUUGUGCUUAAUCAGAAAUUGAUUUAAUAUACUGAAAUUAUUUCUAGUCAGUCCAUCACAGUUGUGCUAAUUUAUGAUGUAUCCAUGUUCAGUAUCAUUAUUGCAAGAAAAAUGACAUGCUAAACCAAUAAACACUUCAACAGCCAGUCUUGUAAUACCACAUUAUUUGUGGAUAGGGAAGUUAAUAAUUCAGCACCUAAAGUUUGUUCAGAAAUAAAAAUAUUACUGUAAUUGUCCAACUACUGUAUGCUGACCUGAAACCAAGAAACGAUCAUAUUGGUCUUUAGCUUCAGUUGAUAUCACUCAAGACUUUCAAAUGCUUGAUUAUCUUUUGGGGAAAAAAAGUUGGCUCUCCUGUUUUUUAAUUUCACACUAUUUUUAAGUUUACAGAUUGAUGUCAUUAGUCUGUGUCAUGCUUAACUUAACAUUCAUCUUCAGAAUAUUUUUGCUGAGUUCAUUAUGAAAUAGAUACUGUAUUUUUUUAACUCUGUUAUGCUAGUUGGCUAAAAAAUAAAAGUGGUUUAAGUCUUAUGCCAAAGUUAUUGAGACAUCAUUGUAUUUUAGAUUCUAAAAUCGAACAGCUAUCAACACAUUCUUGCAGUUUCAGGCAUAUGACACUGUCAAGACAUUGUUUUCACUUGAAAUUACCAUGUCUCUUCUUCCAAGAUUAGGUGCCUGGUUUUCCUCAAUUUACAUUCAUAACUUUGCUUUUGCCUGGUUGGAACUAGGAUACACAAGGUGAAAUGUAGCAGGGACCUGGAUUAAAUCCUACAAUGCAACAGUAGAAUAUGUCAAGCAUGGAGGUGUGGUAGUUGAUAACCUUAAACAGCUGAUAAAAACCCUGCUGAAUAUGCAGGAUUUUGAAAUUAAUUCUAAGUUACACCAUUGGAAAAGACAACACUUAUUGAAAAUAUGUUGAAAAUACAUGUUAAUUCAUAUCAGUUUUAUUUUCUCCAGGAUUGGUGUCUAAUAUUAAUUUUUUUUUAUUUGCAUAAAGUAUGGGCUGACUAGAAUAGAAAAUAUUGGGUUGUAUCCCAUUAAGCCUCUUCCUCACAGCCUCCAUGCUCUCUCAAAAUCUGUUUUGGAGGGUUCGGGGACCCUUUGGAGGGAAGAGAAGACUGUUGGACAGGAAAUGUCCUGUUGCACAAAUCAGAGGUUUCUCUUGCAACACUGGAUUUUGCCCUUUUUCUUAUCUCACUAUAUAAAGGACAAUGUUCUGAUUUAGAGCAAUAUUUUAGUAGCUGUUGUAAAGAGAGAUUAUACCACAGAUACUUAAACACCUCUAUGUUUGCCAUCUAAUUGUUAACUGGUUAACAUUGCUAAUGAACUGUAACAUUAGAUAUGUUGGAUUUGGCACAAAGCAUGUAAAAUGAUGGUUACUAGGUCUAAAAAUAAGAAAAAAGUUUUGGAUACCAGUUGGGUGAUGUCUCCUUUUUCUUCUGUAGUGUACCAGGUGUCAUUUUAUGUCAAUGUGAGCAAAUAAUUAUUUUGUUGGCUUUCAGAUUUGUUUUUCCCCUGUCUUUUCUGUGGGUGGGGCAGGGUGGGGGAGGGGGUUAAAGCCAUAGGAAGAAGAAUGUGAUGUAAGUGUUCAGUAUGUUUUUUUGUUUCUGUUUUGCAAGAAGAGUUGAAAAAAUAUUUUUGAUAAUGAGAGUAAAUGGUGGAAAAUGCUCUUUAGUAUUCUUGUCUUUUUUGCAGCCAACCUCUUGAAUUUUGCAUUUAAUUUUCAGUUUAAUAUGUCCUAUUAAAAUAUAUCAGUUAAAUAUGAAUAUGACUUUUAUGUGGACCAAAUGGAACCUGCCAUUAUCUGUUUUCCAUGUUUGAACCUUACUUGCUAAAGCAAAACGUAU